CAUCUUCUUCCUACGGUUUUUCACAACUAAAGGCUAAUCAGAAAUCUAGUGAUACUGGCAUCCCAACUUCAGUAUUACAAAGUGAUACUUUGUCAACUGCUGAACAAAGAUUUCCUGAUUGUAUUCCAAUAGGUUAUACUCAUCACACUUAAGUGACUGAUCAUAUAUUUGUGGGAAAGCAUUUCGUUAACAAAUAUGCUUUAGUGAUGAGGAUGAGAAAGUGGGCGAUUGAGUGGAAUUUUGAGUAUAGGACAUUAUGGUCAGAUAGAACUAGAUUGAUUUUGGGGUGUUUAGAUGUCACUUGCAGUUGGAGACUUCGUGCAGCGAAGGUGAAAUCCUCUGAUUUUUUUGUGGUAAAGCACUACAUUCAUGAGCAUAACUGUGAUACAACAUGUAGGCAUGCAAAUCACCGUCAAGCUACUGCAAAUUUGUUGGGUUCUUUCCUUUGCAGUCACUAUGGUGAGAAGAAGGCUGGACUGAAGCCAAAACAGAUUUUAGAAAGGGUUAGAAUGUCAUACAGUGUUCACAUAAACUACAAAAAGGCUUGGAGAGUAAAAGAGGCAGCUGAACUUUUGGUUAGAGGUACUCCUGAAGAUAGUUAUCACAACAUUGCAAAGUGGCUGUUUAUGACCAAGGAAAAAAAUCCCGGAUCAGUUUUGUAUCUUGACGUUGAUCCUUUGAGUAAUAAAUUCAGGUACGUGUUUGUAGCGUAUGGCCAGUCCCUCAGAGGUUUUGCUUUGAUGCGUAGAGUGAUUGCUGUUGAUGGCACCUUCCUGAAGGCAAAAUUCAAGGGAACUUUGCUUGUAGCUACAGCUCAAGAUGGGGAUUAUCAUCUAUAUCCGUUAGCUUUUGCUAUUGUCGAUUCUGAAAAUGACAAAUCUUGGAGUUGGUUUUUCAGGUGUCUUCAAACUAUUAUUCCUGAUUCAGCUGAUUUAGUGUUCGUCUCUGAUCGCGCUCCAUCAAUUGCGAAUGAACUUUUAGAAUUAUAUCCGGCUGCUCACCACGGUAUAUGUAGAUUUCAUCUUGGAAACAUCAUCAAAGUGAAGUUUAGAGGACAAUCAUAUCUGCCACUUGUUGAAUCUGCAGCCAAUGCGUAUACUCAGCUGCCAGUUCUUUCUCUUCUAGAGACUAUAAGGUUAACGCUGACUGAAUGGUUUCUCCAGAGACGUGCACUUGCUGCUAAGCACAAUAAGAGAGUCACUCCUAAAGUAGUGCAGACGUUGGUUUCUAGGUUCUCACCUGCGAUGAAGCUUGACGUUUUCCAAGUGGAUGAAGACGAAUUUGAAGUUAAAGAUGAUGUGAACAAGUUUAUAGUUGACUUAAGGAAACGACAGUGUAGUUGUUGUGUCUUUGACAUUGACAAAAUACCGUGCAUCCAUGCAAUUGCUGCAGCAAAGCGGUCUGGUCGGGACGAGAAUGAGUUUGUUGAUGAUAGUCAUUUAAAUGAUACUUGGUUCAAAGCUUAUUCCGAGAGCGUACACCCAAAUGGAGAUGUAAAGGAUUGGACUUUUCCUGAAUUGAUUACCAACUUCUUUUGUGCACCUCCAGGGAGUAAGCCUUCUAGUGGUAGACCGCCAAAAAAACGAAUUCGUUCGAAGGGAGAGUAUGGCGUUCCGGGCUCAAAAUCACAAAGUCACAAAUGCAGUAGAUGUGGACAAGGAGGACACAACAAAAGCACAUGCAGGAAUGCAAUCUGUUUACUUUUGGUAAGAUUUUUGUGGCUGAAACAACAAGAAGAUUGUGUAUCCCCCUUUUUUAUGUAUUGA